GCCAUUUAUAUAGCGGUCCAGCCACCAAAAGAAGAGCUAAAUAUUCACAAUUUCACAAUUUUAAGGAGUCGUUUGAAACUGUCACGCUAUCUUAAUAGAAAACGCGAUGUUAGAUUGAAUGAUUUUGUAUUUUGAACAGUAUUUUAAUGCAGUUUUUGCUUCCAUAGAGUCCUAUCAGCUAAGGUUCAUGCAUUGUAAACAGUGUGGAAACAUUUAUGAACUCCGCUCAGGCAGGAACAGAGAGCAACAUCAGUAAUUGUGGUUAUUCUCGUUGUUCACACGUCUGUCACUAAAAGCAUUUCAUUGUGCAUCACUGAACUUUCCUGACAUUUUCAGCACGAUGACAUUGAGUUGACAAAAGCCCAAAAAUAAUCCGCCGACUCGUACCGAGUGACGUUAUGUUGUGUUACUUUGAUGACGUCAAAGACUCGUCCAAAAAGGCUCAUUACCAUUCAUUUCAGUUUCGGGUUUCAGGUUCAUGAGCUUUUAGGAAUAAAGCAAAUCAUGUGCCUGUCUUUGAAAGACCAGUUUCGUCGUAGAAAUCUAUGGCCAUGUGAUGCAGAUAUCGCUGAUUUUUCUUCGUCAAUGGUAAGUUCAUCAUCAAUAGCCGGUGCUGUACGUCUAGUUAAUUGACAUCUGAUGCAGAAUGACCUCUUGUUCUGAUCUGCAGCUGAUUCACUUCUGAGACCUCGUGACUAACUUAAAGUAAUUGGCAGAUUUCCAUUGUUGAUUCAACAAGUUUGCAGAUUUUCUGUACCACCUUCGGUGGUUUAAAAUUUCAAUUAGACAAUGGAAAAUAUACCUACUAUGAAGUGGCUUGCAACAAUUCUGUAUCAUGCCUCAAGUGACACGCUCCAGCUUAAGUUGGAAAUAAGUAACUUCGCUUUCAAUUAAUAACAUGGCAGCCAUUUGAUAGUCUCCUCAUGUUAAGCUAGUCCGCUCUAUGUUGUUUAAGUAGUCCCCUGUUUCCUUUCAUGAACUUUGUAACACACUUACACUUGUGUAAGUUUUUACGAGGCGCUUCAUUUAUUUUUUUGUUAUAAUUUUUCCUGUCUUAGUGGCUAACCGGCCGCGCUUUUAUUGUAUACCGAGUGGUCCUGGCACUAUACGCUACAGCAAUGACAGUACUUGCUGUAAUUGAGAGGCAAUACCAGGGUCUAAAAUGGUUGAUCUUCCUCACGAAUUGGAGCUACACGUUCAUUAAUCUACAUUUUGUCACUCAAGCGUUUCUUGUGUAUUAUUACCAAACGGUACAGCCCAACAGUAACGGAAGUGACAGUAACGGAAGUGACAGUAACGGAAGUAACAGUAAAGGAAGUAACAGUAAAGGAAUGAACAUUAAAGGAAGUAACAAAGAAUACGAGGAAGAAAGUGAAAGCGAUGAUAACUCUGAUGACGAACAAUUCAUAUUCAGUGUCGAACCACAACUUCCAUUAGCUUGCAAGGUAUCAUGGAUCAUUUGUGACAUCGCUUCAAACAUUGCCUUUCCAGUGACCGUGAUGUUUUGGAGCCUAGUCUACAAACCUGGAGAUUUUGAUUUCGUAACGUUGAAUUCGCACGCUCUGAACUCUGUGCUUAUUGUUAUCGACAUCAUGGUAAGCUCUAUUCCGAUCAAGUUAUUGCACGUUAUUUACCCAAUCAUAUUCAUCACUGUUUAUAUGAUAUUUUCCAUUAUUUACUGGGCCUGUGGGGGAACAAAUCCAUAUGGCGAGCCGUACAUCUACCCUGCUCUUGACUACAGUGGACAUCCAAAGAGGGCUGCUAUAAUUAUUUGCUUGUUUCUUUUUGUUGGUAAUGCAAUGUCGCAGUUGCUUCUGUUUGGACUUUACGAGCUGCGCUUGAAGUUGAACCGCUCUUGGAAUCGACUAAUUUGAACAGUUAACCGGGAAAAAGAACCUGAAUUGGAACUGGACAUUUCUCCUUAAUGGUUUUAGGCUUGUAUUUUUUUUGCCAAAUUUCGGAAUGCCUUCGAAUGCCAAUAGAUUCAACUUACGUGCUUUUUUUUCUUUCAACGCAAGCAUUAUGUCUUUUUGGUGUAUUUGAACCUGUAUUGAGCGGUCACAUGCGGGGAGUGGCAGGGUGACCGCUUGAUACAGAGCGACCGCCUGAUACAAGUUCCACUGAAUAGGGGUAUUUUAAAAUAAGGAUAAAAAUCGCCAUCUUAUGCCUUAAUUGACUGGUAAAUUUACAAAAACUCGCUUAAAAGUACUACUAAAACUGCUUUCUGAGAUAUGAGAGAUCUUAGAGAUUUCGGAGUCUCCCCGACUCCGGCGACUCGUCUCAUCUUCUCACGGGCGGAGAAACGCACGUCCUGCAGUACUAUUAAUGAGGUCUUGCUCGCAGGCUAUGUAUUGUUUUGUUCUAUCUUACACUGUAAUCAGUUUUUUUAUUAUAAAGAACUAAUUAAUGUCUGUUAGCAUUAGUACCACUCUGUAUGAGAUUUUAUUUAUCUCGCUGUGAGGGGGAGGGUUGGAUGAUCCCCACUACAUGUUCCGUUUAUCAAGUAGGCGUUGCCUCUUAUUGAUAGAUUCAUUCGAUGACGAGAAUCGUGAUUGACUUUAAUUCUACACAUUAAUUUAAAAGCGUUAGGUUAUUAUGUUUAAAAUCAGUUUUUCAGCAGAAUCGAAAUGAGAAAGAAGUUAAUUUUUGUUAUUAUUUCUCUGUCUAAAUCCGCUUACCUGGAGAAUCUGCUAACUUGUAAAAUGAGACUGUUGUAACGACCCGUCACAGAAGUAAUUUCACAUUGAAGUUUUUUAAUUUAGCUACGAGAUAAAGACCUGAUUUGCGUUUGAUCUGAUUGCAAAUAAUAAAUGUAUUUCUUUUAGAUCGAAUAAUUAUUAAAGUUUGGCUUG